ACAUUCAGCCAACAGACACCGUGAUGACCGACGCCGCCGCGGGGAUGCCGGUAACCGUUAACAACGUUAGAGAGACACCAAAGUGAAUUCAAAAAAUAUAUUUAUACUUUAUCCAAUGUGUUGUAACAAGUAGUUAAGGCAGGGAUCGUGACAAGGCGGAGUUAGUUCGCUAAAUAUAGUUUGAUAAGCGAGCCAACGUUAACGCUUAACUUUAACGGUCGUAUUAACAUUAAAACAAAGAUGUCGGAGCAGAACAUCAGCCUGUUCGACCUGUUGAAUUUAGCCAUCGAGACGCCUCAUAAAGGAGCUGUCAACUUCAGCGCCCUGCACGCCCUGCUCCACGCCGUGCUCCGGCAGCUGGGGAUCCGGGAGAUGAAGACCAGGUGGAGGGACACUCCUCCCGGUGAGGAGUACCAGGACGCCCUGGAGGGGAUCACCGCUCUGGAACAGGACCAGCACCCGGAGGAGGACCCGCUCCGGGCUCAGAGGGACAUCUCCGUGGCUGAGCAGGAGGUUCAGCCCGGCACAGAGCUGCAGGAGCGGGUCGCCCCCACGUCCCGUCCCGCUUCAGGCGGCCAGUGGAGGUUCGAGUCCCGCAUCCAGACCUGCGAGGACGGCGUGUCCAAGGCCCUGAUGCUCAUUCAGGAGCUCCACAGCCAAAAAGACGAUCUGAAGGUAGAGUUGAAGAAGCUCCACAACCAGCAGGAGAUGGUUGGUGAUGAGGCAGAGACGGUCUCAGACAUGGAGCAGUGCUGCCACCGUGUGUUCGCUCUGGAGGAAACUGUGAGAUCUCUGAGGGAAACACUGCAGAAGUAUCCAGACCCAGAGGAGCUGAGUCAGUUUGUGUCCUGGGACGUCAUGCAGUCGACGCUGCUCAGCGAGAGAGAAAACCUGCAGCAGGAGCUUGUAAAUUCAGGGGUUGUUGAUCCAGCCACAUACACACCUUUCAACAAUAACUCGACUGCUGCAAACACUGCACCUUCUCAUGUCAGCACACCCUCCUCCCCCCACCCUGUGGACGACACCGAAGGGUCCGCUGGACACAUUUCAGCAGACACUCGGACGGCCACAGACGCUGCGUCCGUCCUGUCAGAGCCUCAGCAGCAGGCUGAUCCUAACACAGGCCUCAUGGCUGCUGGUGUGCCCCUGACCAGAAAGCCCAGCGGCUCGCUGCGCUACUCGGAGACGGUGCAGGCCCUGAAGGACAUUGGCAAGCUGAAGGAGAGGUUCAACAAGCUGGAAGCUCGUGCUGCUGCGCUGGAGGAAGGAAAGGUGGACCAGUCCCAGCUGACACACUUGAAAGAGCUCAUACCUAACAAAGGUUCACGGGACGUGUCCAAAGACCUGAUGGAGCAACUGAAGCAGCAGAGAGCUCUGAUAGACAGCCUGAUGAGUGACAGAGAAAAGCUGGACAGUUUGGAGGACAUGUUUAUGAACCUAACGAGCCAAGACAGAGAAAUGGAAAUGAGCUCAGUGGCAGCUUCAGGCAGCGAGAAGUCAGACAGCAGAGCGUCUCAGGAGCUCAGACAGCAGCUGUCCUACCUCAGGAAGUGUGUGCAGAAGCUUGAGGAGGACGUGAGGCAGCUGAAGGUUAAACAGGCGUCAUCAGAGGAGAGAACAACAGACCGACAGCUACAAGAUCAGCUGGACGACCUGCGGGGCAUGUUGGAGGACAUGAUGCAGUCCUUGACCUUUGAGCUGUGUGAAGCGGGGCAGGAUGAGGGCGAGGAUAGCCAGGGUCUCGGUCAGAGUAAAGAGAGAUCAGCUUUCAGCAUCGGUACAGUGAACGUGGGCAGGAAGCUGGGCCUUCUGUUCCAGCACUAUGAGCAGCUGCAGGACAGAGUGAGCAGCCUCCUCCAGCAGCAGACAGGAGACAGAGCACGGCCGCUGAAGGACACAGAGAACGUGGAGCUGGUGAAUGAUGUGCAAAAGUCGAUCCUGCAGCUUCAGACCGACUGUGAAAAGCUGCAUGAAACCAGCAGAUGUCUGCACGAAGACAACAGACAGAAACAGAGCCACAUAGAGGAGCUGUACAAGACGACGGAGGAGCUGGAUGAGAAGAAGGCCGAUAAGCACAUGGUGGAGAGUGAAAUAAAAGCUGAUAAAUCUGCACUGGACAGCAAAGUGAGCCGGCGGCAGUUUGACUCUGCGACGGAGCAGCUCAACGCCAUGUUCCACGAGCUGCUCAACAAGGUGACGGGCCAGGAGCAGGACUGGCACCAGGUCAUCGACAGACUCUCCACAGAGAUGGAGUGUAAGCUGAACAGGAUCGAGCUGGACUCUGUGAAGAAGCAACUAGAGGAUCGCUGGAAGAACAUCCAUGAGAAGCUGCAGGCUCAGGGAGCGCCGGAGCACGAGGAUGCAGCGGGCAUCAGGAAGCAGCUGGUGGACAGAUUUCACUGCCUCUCCUGUGACCGACCGGUCUUCAUGCACACCCCCGGACAGCCUUCAGUGAAGCUGCCGUCCACUCCUGGAUUCCCCUCACACAAGUCCAUCAGGCCGUUCACCGUCUACGCUCUGGAGCAGUUCAGACAGCACUACAGGAGUCUGAAACCAGGGACCAACCGCCACACCUUUGAGGCAGCAAGCUCCAGCAGGAGGAGGGAGCAACUGCAGGAGAGCCACACAGCCAUAAGCAGGCAGGUAGAGAGCACCAGGAGGACCAGACACAGCUUCAACAGGACAGGACACAACCUGAUCCACUACCAGACCAGAGGCCUGCACGAGCGAGUCUCAGAGAUGGCUGACCACAGUUACUUGGGCAUGUCACGGAGCUGUGGGGGGAGUCACACUGUCACCUCUGCCAGCCAGAGACGCAGCGGCCUGCAGCACAUGAAGCACCACAUCCAGACGGAGGGGGACUCCGGGCUGAUCCAGUCGGAGGAGGUCGACAUCGUCGGAAUGGACGGCCACAUUUACAAAGGUCGCCUGAACGCAUCUGCCAGAAACGCAGAAACGAAAUUACCUACAAUCUCCAGCAAAGAUGCUGCAGGAAUGUGCAAAACCAAAGACAAAGCCAAGACCUCACUGCCCCACAGACCUGCUGCGUCUCCGGAGGCAGGACACGGCGCUGCGGCUCAUCAACCUCACAGUGCCAAGAGCGCCCAGUGCAGCCGCUCAGCCUCCAGCGUGUCGGGCCGGGACUGGCCCGUGUCGGCUCUGGGCUGCACCUCUCACAGCUCCGUCACUCAGAUCACAGAGCCUGCAGCCGACCAGCUCGACCUAUAGGGGGCGACACUCACUCCACUGUUAUAAUGUGUAAUUACCUUCUGCACAGAGGAGGUAACCCACUUCAACACUUUUUUACUGUAAUUUUAUUGAUUUGUUGCUUAUUGUUGUAACAUUUUAUUGCUUUUGCACUCAAUGUCCCAUAAAUCACCUGUCAGACACCAA